AUGGAGAUCAAUGAUGAGGAAGAUGCCACCUCUGUUGGGGUUCCUGUGCCUAAGGUUUACAACACCAGCAGCAAGGAAACCCUAAGAGCCCUAAGAAGAAGUAAGGGCAUUGCACGCCCUGGAGGGGGGUGGGCCUAUGUCAAAAAACACAAUGUCCAGCUACUGGAUGAAUAUGACCAGAUCCACCUCAAUUUCGCACCAUUCUGGGGUAUAGACCCCAUGCCCUUGGAGGCAAUCCAAUGUGAUUGGGAGGCACAUGUCCACUCAUACACCCUCGCUAAAUCUAGUCUGCUUGGGCCCUUGCACGUCAGAAAUGAGACACUACCUGAAGACAAGGCUGCAAGGGAUCAUUUACUUAUUGGCGCCAACCAGCUGAUUGAUCUCUUGGUUGAGGUUGAAGAUGAUCCACCAGAUAUAGGUCGAAGGAUGUAUCUUUAUGGCUCAUUAUCCUAA